CCCUCUGUGGGUCCAAGCCGUAACAAAAGACAAGCACCGACGCCGAGCGAGAAACCAAAAUUGUCUGCAAUUCUUCACAGAAUUCCAACCAAACCCCCAAACAAUCGAAGCGCAGAAUCCCUGAUUCCCUGCCAUCUUCCCUGAUUCCCUGCCAUCUUCGACCACCUAUACAGAGAAGAGAAGGCAGAGAAUCUGUUUGUCUUGGUCAAUGGAAGACUUGAGAUCUAAGUCAUACACUGAUGGGAGAAUGCAAGUGGAGAGCUACGGCUACGACGGCGACAGUCAGAGGCCUGCUCAGACUCCGAUGGGUCUCCAAGAUCUCAGGUGUUACAGCGCUUCAUAUGCAUCCUCGUCCUCGUACUCCUCCGCCAAUCACCCGCCGCCACCUCAGCAGCAGCAGACGAGGAGCAAAGAUGCCAAGCUGAAGAAAGGUAAGUCUGCAAACGGGUCGGUAUCGAAGAGUUGGAGCUUUAGUGACCCCGAGUUGCAGAGGAAGAAGAGGGUUGCGAGCUACAAGACCUAUGCUGUUGAAGGCAAGGUCAAAGGCUCUUUCAGAAAGAGCUUUAGAUGGCUCAAGGACAGCGAUGCUACUCUCGAGGCUGCCCCAGGGGCACGACAGCCCUGGCCUUGGCAAGCUCACAGCCACAUGGCAGGGCUGCGAGGGUGUCCCUUCAAGGCCACACAACUAGAUCUACACGAGGCAACCCCCAACGACCCUAGGGCUGGGUCGCGGGGUUGCUUUUUGCAGGGCCCUCCGCGGUCUUCUUUGUUAGCUUGUGGGUUCUAUUGGCCACUUGUUGUGGAUCUACCCUCUGUUGCUAGGUCGUCCCAAUUAAGCUAUGUUGAUUUGUUUAUUAAUUUAUUUUUUGAUGUUUUUUUAAGACAGGUCUAGGAAAGAGCUGGAUUGGGCUUCAAGCCGUACCAGCCUCAGCCCAAAUCCAUGUAAAUUAAUUUAUUUUUUGUUUUUUGAAUUAUCAACCCAUAUUUCUUUUAACUAGCAUGUGUUCCUCAAGUCCCAAUUCAAAUAUGUUGCCCAAAAUCAAGCGCAUAAUUUUACCCAAAUCAAUUUUUUUUCUUUUUUAAUUGACCCAAUACCCAAACCCGUCAAAUCCUUCCCAUUCUCUCUCUUCCUUCACGUUCACAGACACCGUUUUUUACCCUUAUUAGCAAUCAGCUGAAUAGUUCACGAAUUAUUCCAUAUUUUUUAGAAAAAUAUUAUACUCACGCGUAUUUGAAAGAUUUGGAUUAAUACACACCUUUUUACCCUCAUGCGCCUUUGGCCACGAAAUCCAUUGCCCACCUGCUCCCUCAUUUGUCCAUUCAAUCUUCUUUUCAAAUUGGCUUUUUCAGGAAGCUAUUGACGUCCACCAGUCUCUAGAGUUGGUGCGGAGAAACCAGAAUUUACAAAAGAAAUUCACGUCCGCAAGACCCACGUGCUUCAUUCACGUUUCACAGUUCAUGUCUUCACCGUUUCAUUUCUUCUCAAUUUGUCAUUCUCUACCUAUG